GUCGGCGUCUUAACGCAGACAUGCACAGCUCCCGCGAGAGGGGUGUGGCGAUUGGGCACAUGCGCACGGCCUCCCUUCCUUUCUCCCCCUCUCGUUGCUGCCGCCAUGGCGCCUGCGAAGAAGCUUGCCACAAAGGGCGGCAAAAAGAAGAAGCAGGUCUUGACAUUCACUCUGGACUGUACCCACCCAGUAGAAGAUGGUAUAAUGGAUGCGGCCAACUUUGAGCAGUUCCUCCAGGAGCGGAUCAAAGUGAAUGGGAAAGCUGGCAACCUGGGUGGGGGCGUGGUGACCAUUGAGAGAAGCAAAAGCAAGAUCACUGUCACCUCGGAGGUCCCUUUUUCCAAGAGAUACCUGAAGUACCUCACUAAGAAAUACCUGAAGAAGAACAACUUGCGCGACUGGCUCCGUGUGGUCGCCAACAGCAAGGAAAGCUAUGAGCUGCGUUACUUCCAGAUUAACCAAGAUGAAGAGGAGGAGGAGGAGGAAGAUUAAAUGCACAGGGAUCUGGAGAUAGUUUUGUACAUUUGGUUUUCCUUAAAUAAAAUGUGAGCUAAUUUUU